AGUGGUCCAGUCUUCUGGAAGCUCUUCCCGUCCACCGAGAGCCUGUAUCACCUCUUCCCGAAAAGUUGCACAACACUCGUCCUGUCUCAGCUUCCACCACAUGGUUCUCUUCUCUGCCUUUGUCUUCCUAAUUUUCCUCCCCACCACCAGAGUCAUCUUACACACCACCAUCCUAUGCUGUCUAGCCACACUCUCCCCUACCACUACCUUACAGUUGGUAACCUCCUUCAGAUUACAUCGUCUGCACAAGAUGUAAUCCACCUGUGUGCUUCUACCUCCGCUCUUGUAGGUCACCCUAUGUUCCUGGCUCUUCUGGCAAAAAGUGUUCACUACAGCCAUUUGCAUCCUUGUUGCAAAGUCUACCACCAUCUGUCCCUCCAAGCUUCUUUCCUGGAUGCCGUACUUACCCAUCACUUCUUCAUCACCCUUAUUACCUUCACCAACAUGUCCAUUACAAUCUGCACCAAUCACGACUCUGUCUCUCUGUCUGAGAUGCUCAGAACUACUUUGUCUAGCUCAUUCCAGAAUAUCUCUUUCCCCUCUAGGUCACAUCCUACCUGUGGGGCAUAGCCACUAAUCACAUUAUACACAACACCCUCAAUUUCAAGUUUCAGCCUCAUCACUCGAUCUGAUACUCUUUUCACCUCCAAGACAUUCUUAGCCAACUCUUCUUUUAAAAUAACCCCGACUCCAUUUCUCUUCCCAUCUACACCAUGGUAAAAUAAUUUAAACCCUCCCCCUAAACUUCUAGCCUUACUGCCUUUCCACCUGGUCUCCUGGACACACAAUAUAUCAACCUUUCUCCUAAUCAUCAUGUCAACCAACUCCCGAGAUUUUCCUGUCAUAGCCCCAAUAUUCAAAGUCCCCACAUUCAGUUGUAGGCUCUGUGCUUUCCUCUUCUCUUUCUGCCGAAGAACCCGCUUUCCACCUCUUCUUCUUCUUCUUCUUUGACUUCGACUUCGACCCACAGUAGCUGAAUUUCCAACAGCGCCCUGCAGGUUGACGGCGCCGGUGGCGGACGUUGUUAACCCGGGCCACGACCGAUCCGUGGUCCAAGGAAUGGAGACGAUUGACUGGGGAGGCACUUAUGCUCAGACCACCAUCUGUGGCCUGACAGGAACCACAGUGGAGUUCCAGUGCUCCUUCUGGUACCCGCAAACAAUAGACGGCCAAAACACGAACGUUGUCAAGAGGUUCUGGUUCACCAAAGGUUCCAGUUACAACACUGAAGAUCUGAGCUUGGAUCCUGAGUACUCUGGUCGUCUGCACUUUGACUGUCAAGGUGACCUGUGCCGUUUGUCAAUCAGAGAGCUGAGAGAAAGCGACGCGGCCGUGUACAAAUUCAGAUUCGUAACAAACCACGGGAGGGAAGGAAGCUACUCUGUCAUGCCUGGAGUCAAUCUGACUGUCAAUGAUCUCAGAGUACAAGUGAGAAACUAUCGGCAGAAGACUCUGAGAUGUGUCACCAAGUGCCACCUUGGGUCUUCUCCUUCAUACAACUGGUAUGAGAAUGGAGAGGAAAUCCAAAAUGAGAACUCCCAGGAUUACACACCAGCACAUAACUCCAAGCACAGCUACUCCUGUGCUGUAAGAGACCAGCACCUUUUGUCUCCUCCAGCGUGUGUGGUCGAGAAAUGUAACAAGGUGGUUUACGACAACAGAAACAUCUGCGCCCUCAAAGGCUCGUCAGUGGACAUUACUUGCACUUACAGCCACCCCUAUGCCAUCCGCACAAAAUUCUGGUUCAGAGCAGAUCCUAGUUACAUGCGGAUAAAUCCCUCUCCACCUCGGAACCUCCAGUUGGAUGACCGCGAUCGUGUUGAGUACCCUCGAGAAUCGUACAGACGAUCGACUCUGAGAAUCAAAAACGUGAUGGAGAGUGAUUCUGCUGAGUAUCGCUUCAAAUUCACCACAUACGAUUUUGAAUGGAGAAGUAGUUUACCUGGAACGUCUUUGACAGUCGCAGCUGUGCAGGUGCAGGUGAUGGACGUCGAAGUGGAAGAUUCUUAUGUGUCAGCUCAGCUGUCGUGUCACAUGAGCUGCAGUCCGACGGCUCCUUUGUCUUUCUGCUGGAUGCGCAAUGGAAGGUCUGCAGUUGACUGCUCAACUGCCCAGAUGACCAAACACCACAAAAUCGAUUUAUAUCCUGGAGACUACGUCACAUGUGGUGUGCACGGAUAUCCACUCACCGUCUCUACUCCCCUGUAUGCUCUGAAAGCCCCCUUGAUAUGGCCGAGUGAUCCAGAGGAGAUCCUGGAGGGUCGUCCACUGACUCUGACCUGCAGAACGGACACCCAAACAUCAUAUGGACAACAUUGGUACAAGAAGCUAAAGCCUUCAGGCCAUCAAGCUGUGGGAGACGGACCAGAGCUGGUUUUCACCUCCAUCCGGUCUUCCGACUCAGCAGAAUAUUUUUGUACUGUGGGGAACGAGCUGGGGAAUAAGACAUCGCAAUCUGUCAUGAUUGAUGUGAAAUAUGCUCCAAAGUCUUCCUUUUUGGGGGUGAGUCCAUCACAAGACAUCCAGGUGGGCCAGUCAGUGAGUCUGACCUGCAGCUGUGACGCUAACCCAGCUGCUAGCUACACCUGGUACAAAGACAACCAAAUUGUGCCCCAGGGAGCAGAAAGAAAUUACCGUUUCAUCUCCAUCCAAUCAAAAGAUGCGGGAAGCUUCUACUGCAAGGCCCAUAAUAAAUAUGGAAAUGUCAACUCUUCACAGGUGUUCAUAAAUGUUCAGUACGGUCCUCUGCAUGCGAAUGUCUCUGCGAUACCCUCCAGUUCCAUCAGCGUGGGUUCCUCGGUCAGUUUGACGUGUAGCAGUGACGCUAACCCCGACGCUAGCUACAUUUGGUACAAGGACAACGAGGAGUCUCCCAAAUUCACAGGGGCCGUCUUCAACAUCAGCGACUACCGACAGCACCACGGCGGCGAGUAUCGCUGUGAGGCCCGGAACGCCUUUGGGAGCCUCAACGCCACGCUCUGGCUUCAAGUCAAGGCCAGUCCACUGGAGGCGGCAACUAUAGGUUGCGUCACGGCAGCCCUGCUUCUCAUCCUGCUUCUCGUUGCCGUCCUCAUGCUCAGGAAAAAGAUGGCGUCAAAACACACAACACAGUGCAAAGCUCAGCCUAAGGCGACUGCAGACAGUCACAGGGAUCAUCAGGAGGAGCUGGUCUACUCCGUUGUGGCUUUUUCCAAACACGCUCCCACCUACUCCAACGUUGCCAAUGCGAAACGGGAUCAGGACGACGGUGUGGAGUACACCGCAGUCGGUUGCAGCGACAGCCGAGUCUCGAGGCCAAAGCUUCAAGAGGAACCCGACGUGUCCACACUGUACAGCACGGUGCAGAAAAAACGCAUCUGAACUCACCGUGGGACAGCCAAAACAUUGGGCUAAUUGUUUUUUUCUUGUUAAUUCGUUCAUAAAUUGUUAUAUUAAACUCUUUAUACAGUUUAUACAGUCUUCCAUAUAGAAAUGCUGAAAAAAAGAAUUAUGGAAUAAAAACUAUUUUUUGAAAUUCCCCAUAUGUUUAUGAUAAUUUAAAUGCAGAUUUUAAUUUCAAACGACUGUCUAGUUUAAAGUCGGGGGAAAUAUUAUAUAUCAUAUUUGCAGUGCAUU